AUGUCUGGUGCCCAAUUUGCUGAUCCAAAGGAGCGCCGCCCGGUGGCGUUGGGCGAGGCUCCAUUUGGGAUCCGUCUCUACGACAGUCGCCCGGACGGAAGACCACCCGUGUCGGAGAAAAUGCUGAACCAGGCCCCCUGGAUGUCUGGUGCCCAAUUUGGAGAUCCAAAGGAGCUCCGCCCGGUGGCGUUGGGCGAGGCUCCAUUUGGGAUCCGUCUCUACGACAGUUGCCCGGACGGAAGACCACCCGUGUCGGAGAAAAUGCUGCACCAGGCCCCCUGGAUGUCUGGUGCCCAAUUUGGAGAUCCAAAGGAGCUCCGCACGGUGGCGUUGGGCGAGGCUCCAUUUGGGAUCCGUCUCUACGACAGUCGCCCGGACGGAAGACCACCCGUGUCGGAGAAAAUGCUGCACCAGGCCCCCUGGAUGUCUGGUGCCCAAUUUGGAGAUCCAAAGGAGCUCCGCCCGGUGGCGUUGGGCGAGGCUCCAUUUGGGAUCCGUCUCUACGACAGUUGCCCGGACGGAAGACCACCCGUGUCGGAGAAAAUGCUGAACCAGUGCCCCAGGGAACAGAUGUGCCCAAUCGGGGGACUCCUGAGGAAGCAUCUCCUGAGGGGGCGUCUCCUGAGGAGGCGUCCGCUGCAAGGGCUGGAGAGGGGACCAGUCGGGGGUCGCGGAAGAGUAACGAGGGGACAUCACCGAAGAAAGCCCCCGCUCCUGUUCCUCAUCCCGAAGGUCGAUCAGGAGAGGCGAGGAGGCCGUGGGCCCCCCUGGUGAUCCCAGAGGAAGCCUCCUGCGACAUGCAGGAAUAAGCUGGGUGGGCGGAGCCUCGCCGAGGGUGUCCUGGGCAGGCCCGCUGUCCGUGUCCCGGCGCUGUGCCACCCUCUGCUCCUUGGGCGGUUCCGGUCGACGAGGA